CCAGAUUCAAAUCUGCCAGCGACGCACACGAAGAGGACUACAGAACCCGGCAACAUUCUGAAGCUCGUCAGCAGGGAAAAAACUGCAGCAUGAAGUUCGCGUUCGCUCUCAUCGCCCUCUUUGCUGCUGUCGCGCUUGCGGAGCAGCUCCCGGGAGGGAGGCGGCCGUCGUAUGCGUUCCUCACAGCGCCUGUUGGUGGCAUGAGGAGCCCGAUAUCACUUCGAUCACGCGCAGCCGCCGGUCUGCAGCCCUCGCGCCAACCGGCGGCAUCUGUCUUGUGGAUGGCUGACAAGGAGCAGGUGGCCACCGAGAUGGACGCAGCCAAGCAGGCAGAGCUCGACGAGAAGGCGGCGAAGCGGGCGCAGCUGCUGGCUGAGGAGGAGGCCUACAUCAAGCGAUUCCAGGAGGGCGGCGCCUUCGUCGAUGUCGAUGGCAGAGACAAGUAAGCUCUCACACACACUCACGGCUCAUUUCUCAAAUCGUUUGCCCCGGAUGCAUCAAUGGCUGUGUGUGGCUUGCUGCGCCCAGCAUUUUGGCCGUGGAGCCCUCUCGUAAGAAGUCUACGCAGAAGGGGCUGACAGCCGAGCGGGGCAUCGCCAUCGGUCUGGGCGUCGUGGCGCUCGCGGUUGCUGCCUUCUCCAUCAUCAACGCGCCUAACGUCGAGUACUGAGCCAACGGCCUAGCGAGAGGGGGAGGGAGGGCCGACUGACUGACUAACUAACUCGGUGGCUGUGGUGCGUGUGGCUGCCUGUGUGCGGUAGUGACACUCUUUCUGUCGCUCACUCGCAGCAGCCUGUGUCCGCUUUUCCUUGAUGUGUCCUGUACAGAGGGGGGUGGGGUUGUGUCGUCUGCUUGCUUGUCUUGCCGUCGGUUGGUUCGGUGUGUGUGUGGCCUGCCUGGCCACAGUUGGUUGAGUUGCUUUGGUCUGCGAAUGCAGUCAGCCAACCAACCGAUGGAUGGGAGGGACAUUUUGAUUGAUGGGAGGACAAGGAAGGGUGGACAAUCAAUGAGUGUGUGUACAUGCCAUCCAUGCUGCCCUGGCAUGGUGGAGAUCGAUGGAUGCCUGCAUGGAUUCCUGCCUGUGAGUGAGAGAGGGGAGGGCACACUGACUGACUGACUGACG